GAUCAGUUUCGUGCACGAAGUAACUCGUACAUUAUCUUGAGUUUCGUCCCAGCGCAUCCAUCUUUGCACAAUGAAAAUGUCAAUUGAGAUUUUAUCUUAUGUGGACAAACCAGCAUUGUUUUUAUCUAUGUCUGAACAUAUAUUCCUUAAAUUAUUUAAUUGACUCUAAAUAUGUUCAAUAAAAUCAGCUGCUUUUACAUUAUGUGAUGAGUCAUGAGUAAGAAAAACAUGACAGUGGAAGGCUUGAGCUCAUGCCUGUAGAUUUAACAAAUUAGUCAGACGGGCUGCUGGAAGUUAUCCACAAUCAAUGCAUUCCAUUAUAUUAAGUGCAUAAAACAUGAAGAUAGUAGUGAUAUUAUUUACAAAUUUACAGCGAACAAGGACAAUUGUGCCAUCAAGAUAUGCUGGUUAUGAAUCUUACUUAAGUCAACGUCUUAUAAGUCUUAAGAAAACCUACAAGAAAACAACCAUCAGAAGAGCCAAGAUAGCUUAACCGGCUAAAACUAUGGCCCUAAGAUUCCGCGCCAGUGUCCGAACCUGACAAAAUGAAAACAAGGGGAGUAAGAGUAAAUGUAUUUGGAGAGAGAGAUGCACCCUUGCCCCCAUUGGACCCAAUAAGUGAAACUAUCGACGUAUCUUGCGGUGUUCUCACUGCAAAACUUAUCCGGGAAAGAUUCAUUUGUCCCGGCAUUAACAGAGAGUGUAUUGAGUACGCUGGCCACUUCAUUACGCCAAAGACGUUUUACGUUAUGGCAGACAAAGGCAGCUUAAAAGACUGGAAGAAUGCAAUUAGAAUCCAUGGGAAAAAAAUCAGACGAUACAUAGACUCAGGUGUGCUCGACUUUUACAAUCACUCAGAACUGUGCACGGGACGCUGCAAGUCCAGAAUCAGCCAAUCAAAACUCAACCUCUCUGAUACCAUUCCAAACUCACCGACGCCCAUUCGUCAAUCCAAUGGUCACCACUUGUACAGAAUCAAGUCAGAAGACACGUCACAUUCAUCUCAUUCAUCAAACGAAUCUUCAUCCCAACAAUCACAUCAGUCGUCCAAGAAUCUCGACAGUUUUGGCGAGGAGCGCGACAUGAAGCCCAGCCUUGACCAGCUACGUCUGCUGCACAUGUUGAAUCUCCAGCAGCUGCAGCCGGGUACUAAAAAGCCCUCACAUUCCGGUUCCCAGCUCCCAGCCCCCCUUCCCAUGCAUGUGGUCAAGAUACAGAGCGUGAGCCCAGACAGAUACUCGCAAGGGGAAGCUCCAGAAGGCAAAUCUGAUGACGUGAUGUUCUGGCGUACUAUCGUGCAGCUUGGACUGAUAGACGAGUUCUUCAGAGAAAUCAAAGCAAAACUGGACGUGUUGAAGGGCAACAUGGUCAGGAAUUGCAUCCCUUUGGAAGGUGAUGUCCGUGCAUUUUCAGCAGAUGCUAAGAAGGCGUCCCGCAUCGUCACAGAGCUGGGUAUGCGAGAGAAGCUUGAUGUUAAGCUGUGUGCACACAAGUACGAGUUCGACAGGCAGCGAGAUAAACUGGAACGCGAGAUGGAGCUUUUAAAAAGAAAAGUGACAGAGUAUGAGCAAAAAUCAGACGUAUUGAAGCGCAAAAGUGACUGCUACGAUCAGUUCAUGACUAAGAAACUUAAAUUGGAUGAAAUACCGCCAGAUUCCGAAAUAGACGGGGGUCGGAAGUUCACUUCCCUUUCCCCUUCCAUGCCUGGCAUAGCAAACGGGAACGAUUCACGCGAACAAAGUCCCUUUCCAUCUCAAGAAAGCAGCUCUUUGGGCUUGUCAUCGCAGGAGGAUUCGACGGACUUAUCUUUGACUGUGAAUUCUUCUCAGGACGUGUAGAAUUUUAAAGAGAUUAAAGCCUCCUUAGGGGAAAACUGGGCUUAAAACAUGUGCAUCAAUUGUCAUCCCAGAUUGGCAUGUGUGGUCCGUGUAGGUCAGGGACGACACUUUCUGCCUAAACUAGAUCUUCGUUUUGAAGACAUUUCCUUUAAACAAAAAAAUUCCAUGAAAACUGAAAAUGUUGUCAAUGAUUGGCCUGUGCAGACUGCACAUGUGUUAAGCUCGGUUUUCCCAGAAUGAGGCGCAUUUAUUCAUACAUUUUUGUCCUUUCCAAAGAAAUCCUUUGCAUAUUUGCAUUCUUGUUCAUUCAAUCUUCAUUUUGUUGUAUCCAUGUUUUUACUGAUACUGUUUUUGAGAUCCUUUGUGAAAUCCAGUGUUCACUUACGCUUGUUAACUUACAGUUUACAAUGACCAAGAUGCUAUUUCAUCUCGGUUAAUUUUGUACAGUUGAAAAUUGUUAUAUUUGUACAAACAGACACAUUCUUGUAUACUCACAAUCUAUAUGUUUUAUUUUUUUAUCAGUAUAUAGUAACUUUCAGCUUUAUUAACCCAGUGCAUAUAGGGGUGGCUAAAUCGUAUGUCCGAUUAGUCAAAGCCGUACAUUUAGGUGUACUGGCAACUAAUUUUUACCAAUCAACUUGUAUGUGAAUAAUCAAACAAUAUUCUUGGGGAAAUUAUAAAUUGAAAGAUCAAUUCCAUUGUCACUAAACACAGUGUUGAAAUGAUUUUACAAAUGUAUUCAAUUAUCCUUGUUCAAUCGCUUGAAUCUCCUAGUUUGUUAAUUCAUAAGUGCUGUUUCUAUGGUGCUUGAAUUAUUUGGGUACAGUAGUAUCUAUAAACAUUAUUCAAUAGUUACAAGAUUAUACGGUUACGCAUUUACAGCUUGAAACUGUCCUAAAAUCGACUAUUAUUUCAAAGACUUAUCUCACAAACAUCAUUACUAACUCUUGCAGAGGUUCAGAAUCAUUGGCUAAUUGACAAAUGCUGUGUUCUCUCUCUUCUCUUCACUCCAAGCCGGGUAAUAAGAAUGCUUUAUGUAGAAAAAAAUUGAAUUUGAUUUGAUAAAUAAAUUGCAAUACAAUUAUAACAUAACUUAAAAAAAAAAAACAUUAGAGAAAUGGCUGAAAAUGACUGAACUUUUGUAAUGAAAUAGUGCCGAAUUUCUGUUGUUGGUAACAGCUUAAAAGUUUAAAAUAGUAUUGUUAAUUUUAAUUUCGAUUUUAAUAAGGUUAGCUCCCAAGUCUGCGUUGUGUUGUAAGAUUUUGUAAAUUAUGAUAAAAUAUUCCACAACAUUAAGAAAAAGCAUAAUGUUGUCUUUGAAAGUAAAUUCGUGAUAAUUAUUGUAAUAUUUGUAAAUAUUUACAUAAGCUUCCUUUCAAUAUUGAUCAAAAUAGACAAUAUGAUAUACAAUGUAUAAGUAGUGAACCACAUCUUAUCUAUAAAGAAUGAUUUGCCUUUUCAAACUAUUUUCCAAAUAUUUUAGUUGAGAAAAUUCAGUUCGUUAUGAAGUAUUGUAUGACCAGGUGAUUUGCCAAACUUACAAGUUAUAGUGUAUAUUGUAUGUUAAGUUGUUUGUUUGUGAGUUAGAGUGAGAUUUUGCCACCCCUGGCAUUCUUUCCAUAUUUACACACUGAAGUACCUUUGCUCUUCACCUAAUGUAAUCUUACAAAGCAUAUAAUAUUUUAUUUUGCUUUAUUUUGUAUAUAAGAGUUGUGAAUUGAAAUCCUGUUACUAUUGAAUAUUUUGAGUUUAAUUUUGCAUUUAUGUAAUCACUGUUUAAUUGAGUUCUGAUCAAGCAACGUAACAUGCGUAACUUACAAAGUGAUUGUCUUACUUUAAUGUGUGUCUAACUGAAUAUGUCAGCUUUGCAGUUAAAAUUAAAAUUAAAUUGUUAUUGUUUUAUGCAAUGAAUUCCAAAAAAAAACAAGGCUUUAGAGGUACAUGCACAUGUUUGUAUCAUUAUGCAUUUCUCUCUCAUAAUCCAGAUCUUGUGUGAACCUACUCUUUGUGUUACUGGUACUGACAUUUUUAGCUCACCUGAGCACAACGUGCUCAUGGUGAGCUAUUCUGAUUCAUUUUUGUCCGUCGUGCGUUGUGCGGCUUCAACAUUUGCCUUGUUAACUCUCUAGAGGCCACAUUUAUUGUCCAAUCUUCAUGAAAUUUGGUCAGAAGAUUGGUCUCAAUGAUAUCUUGUAUGGGUUCGAAAAUGGUAAUGUUUGCUUGAAAAACAUGGCUGCCAAGGGGCGUGGCAUUUUUCCCUAUAUGGCUAUAGUAAAAUCUUGUUAACACUCUAGAGGCCACAUUUAUUGUCUGAUCUUCAUGAGACUUGGUCAGAAGAUUCAUCCCAAUAAUAUCUUGGACAAGUUCGAAAAUGAUGCCGGUUGGUUGAAAAACAUGGCCGCCAGGGGGCGGGGCAUUUUUCCUUAUAUUGCUAUAGUAAAACCUUGUAAACACUCUAGAGGCUACAUUUAUUUUCAGAUCGUCAUGAAACUUGCUCAGAAGAUUUGUCCCAAUGAUUACUUGGAUGAGUUCAAAAAUGGUAAUCUUUGCUUGAAAAACAUGGCUGCCAAGGGGCGGGGCAUUUUUCCUUAUAUGGCUAUAUAUGACUAUAGUAAAAUCUUGUUAACCCUCUAGAGGCCACAUUUAUUGUCCAAUCUUCAUGAAACUUGGUCAGAAGAUUCAUCCCAAUAAUAUCUUGGGACGAGUUCGAAAAUGAUUCCGGUUGGUUGAAAAACAUGGCGGGGCAUUUUUCCUUAUAUGGCUAUAGUAAAACCUUUUUAACAUUUUAGAGGCCACAUUUAUUUUCCAAUCUUCAUGAAACUUGCUCAGAAGAUUUGUCCCAAUGAUAUCUUGGAUGAGCUAAAAAAUGGUAACCUUUGCUUGAAGAACAUUGCUGCCAUGGGGCGGGCAUUUUUACUUAUAUGGCUAUAGUAAAAUCUUGUUAACACUCUAGAGGCCACAUUUAUUGUCCAAUCUUCAUGAAACUUUGUCAGAAGAUUUAUCCCAAUAAUAUCUUGGAUGAGUUCGAAAAUAAUGCCGGUUGGUUGAAAAAAAUGGCCUCCAGGAGGCGGAGCAUUUUUCCUUAUAUGGCUAUAGUAAAACCUUGUUAACACUCCAGAGGCCACAUUUAUUGUCCAAUCUUGAUGAACUUUGGUCAGAAGAUUGGUCUUAAUGAUAUCUUGGAUGAGUUCGAAAAUAAUUAUGUUUGCUUGAAAAAAAUGGCUUCCAAGGGGCGGGGUAUUUUUCCUUAUAUGGGUAUUGUAAAACCUUGUUAACACUCCAGAGGCCACAUUUAUUUUCCGAUCUUCAUGAAACUUGGUUUGUCCCAAUAAUAUCUUGUUAUCUCAGGUGAGCGACUUUGGGCAUUAAGGCCCUCUUGUUUCUUCAUACAUUUUAUAAAUAUAGUACUGAACCUAUUGCCAUUUAUGCCAUAAUUAUAAUAUUGCCAAAUAAAUUGAACAUAUACUCUAACCAAGCUACAAGGCAUCACAAGGAUUUUGUUACAUAUUUGUUGUGUUUAUAGGAAUUUAAGUUACAUUUAGGUCAUGGAAAAUAAUCCGCAGGCAAUUUAAGCUGGAUUCUAUAAAGAAAGAAAGUGGAACAAUUUCCUUUUGGUGUGUUAUUAUUUUGGUUGAGUUAAAAUUUAAUUUAAUGUUUUAUUGUCAACAUCCAAAUUGUGUUAUAUUAAUUAUGAACAUCAUUUCUUAUGACAAUAUAAUUAAAUGAACUUUAUAUUUACAAAUGCAUUGUACUCUGUUACUUACUGGUACUUUUUGAUACCCAAAAAUCAAAUCCAAAUUGAAAUCCAAAGAUGUUUUAUUGUAUAUUUUACUCAUUUAUUUUUACUCUAUUUAUUAACAAAUUAGUGUUCUUGCAAAAUCCAUUUGUUACUUAUGUUCCUUUAUGAAUCUGUUUGUUAUGACAAUCAUAAUUAUUAAUCACAUAUGUAAGUUAUAUCUGAGCAUAAUAUGUUUUUGAUUACAUUACACAUGAUAACUAUGUGUUUAAUUAUUCCAUUGUCCAUAAUCAUAUUUAUGAAACCAUAUCUGACAUUUAUAAAAUAUGUAACACAAUCUCAUACUCAAUUGUUAAGAAUACAAUAUGUCAUAUAUUUACCACUAGUUGAAAUGUUCUUCAGACACCAAAGUUCCCUUCUAUUGGACAGAAAAUAACUUCAAAAUGUUUUUUGAUAAAAAAAUAUUUAAAAAAAUUCUUAAAUAUGUUAAUCCUGUUUAAAUCAACAAACUGUUUAAAGAACGAUUACUUUUGGUUUACAAAAUAAAUCUUGAAUACUUGUGUAUUUUUUUACUUGAAAAGAUAUCAUUUUUGUUACAAUAGAUGGUCUGUUUUUUGUACUUAUAAAGAGACACCAUUUUUGUUACAAUAGAUGGUCUGUUUUUUGUACUUAAAAAGAAACACCAUUUUUGUUACAAUAUAUAUAUACAAACACUUUUUAUAAUCACCGCAUUAUAUUUUUGCACAAUGAGAUAUGCAAUUUUUUUAUGCAAUUAACAGGUGAAUUAGUACAGUGGUUGAAACUUUGGUAUGGCUUUGCAUAAAACGUUAAAAGAUACAGUACAAAAACUUUGUCUGUGCACUUUUGUAUGCAAGUUUUGUGACAUAUAAGCAAUCAAUAAUUAACUACUUAGACAGUUAAUUUGUUUGUAUUGUUUUUUUUGUUCUUGUUUGUUUUAAUAACUACGGAUAAUGCUUUCUUUCCCAAAUAUGAAGCCCAUUUACAAAUGGAUCCAUACAUGAUUUCUGGACUGAAAAUGUUUCUUCAUGCACUGAAAUAUAUGAUAUUAGUGAUCAAAUUAUUAACUUAUGUAUAACGUUGCUUGUUUUGAAUAAUCCACUGCAUAUUUUAAAAUGUAUGUUGCAUUCUGUUUCAUACUUUUUGAGAAAAAAAUCAAACUAUAAUAAGUGACAAAGUUUGCAAACAUAUUACAGUACUUUAAUGUGUUUUCUUUUAAAUAUAUUUUCAAAUAUGUUUUGCCUAUAAUUCCAAAGUUUGGUUCAAAUUUUAAGUAAGAUCCAACUGAUAGAAGCAUUAAACUAUAGAUUUGAAAUUAUUCAUUAAGACGUUUGGUUUACAAUACAUUUUGGUCAUGUGUGGUUGGUGUCGUUUACUUCAGACACAGUUUGUUAUUGAAAUUAUGUAUGUGUACUAGUAUGAAACUGUUUUAUCUCAUAUACAUUGGUUAGGCAGUUGCUACAGUUUGGCACUAAAGCCUUGAUUAAUCACUUAUCCAACAUUCCUUUAAACAUUUGUGUUUUGUAAAUAUUGUUACUUCCAAAAUAUGCAAUGUAAGUAGUUCAUACAUAUACAUGUAUGUAAGUGUGUACAUGCAGCAAACUUGUACUUGAAUAUUGUUUCAUUAUCACAGAUAUGCCCCCUUUGGUUCAUAUGGAAAACGCGGUGGAAAGUUCACUUGAAAUAGUGGAAAUUAUAUAUGAUUUUCAGUUUUAAUGGGAAAUGAUGUCAUGAUAUGUCAUGUAAGACUAGCUAAAGUGACAAUUUCUCUGAUCACUAAUAAAUUAAAGUUGACAUCCAGCAGAUACUGCCAGGCAACAAAAUAAGCACUAAAAGGAAUUGAAUUCAAGUAGCAAAUUAAAUUUAGCAUCAUCUUCAAAGUGUUAUGUACUUAUUGAAGCGUGCAAAAUCAAUUCAAUGUUAAUGUUUUGUUGUUUUCAUUUAAUUAAAAAAGGGAUACAGAUGACUAACAUAAAUUGUUAGCCGUUACAUGUUUCAAUUGUUUUCACUUACUAAUUAUGGGUAAAGAUGUAAAUGGAUUUCAACACUAUUUGUUUUCUAUUAGUUUUGAUCUUCCUUCUUUUAGCAGAUUCAAUCUUAUAAUCUAAAUUAUGUUGUAGUAUUAACAUGAAAAAGAGUUGCCAUGAAUUAAAAACAACUUUUUCUAUAAAAAAUGUUUCAAAUUCAAUCAAUUAUGAACAUCAAUACAUUGAUCAUGUUGAUUAUUUGUAGAAAUUUGUAACAGUGUCACGUUAUGGAACAAUCAUUUUAAACAAUGUAGGUAACAUUUGCGUAUUUUGUUGUGCACACAUGUUAUGUAUUUAGUUAGAAAUUGUUGACUGUGCCUAUUGUUUGUUAACGAGUCUAUUACUGAAUGACAUUUUGACACCUGAAAUUUGCUGUUACAUUCCUAUCCAAUUGACACCGCAAGACUAUGUUUAUCCUCAAUGUUGUUUAGUUGAACUUUCUGCAUCACAGUGUAGACUUAAUUGCUUUAUAAAUAUCCGCUGUAUAAAUAUCUAAGACUACUGACUAAAAACAAAAGAUCACUUUUAUUCAAAACCAUUGGCCUUUGGAAAUUGCAUAUUUAUUACUGGAUCAAAGUUAAGAACUUUAGUUUGCUGUUAAUUGACAUCCAGUGACUGCAAAAAAAUCAUCAUUUAUUAUGUUGUACUGGUAAAAAAAACUUUGGUCAUGUAUCUAUUAGUGCACCCCAGUUUAGACAUUAACUUUUCAACAACUGUUUUAGACAAGUUACAACAAAAUGCCACUGAUUUGGAAUAGGUCUCAUUAUUGUUGAACUUAGUCGGCAUUAUAUCAUGGUGUAUUUAUAAUACAUCACAGAUUUGUUGAUCUUAAUUUUGAAAGGUGACACAUAGAUGAUAUUUUUAGUUUUCUAAGCCCAGUUGUUACGAAACCCAAACCCCCACACCAAUGAUGUAAUCUGUGAGCCGUUAAAACUUGCAGUUAAAAAUUUGAGUUCAAUUAAUACUAAAGCUCAUUGCAGCAGUGGCCUGGUCAGAUGUAAUAAAGCUAUUUAAUUGCUAUUCAAAUACAAGUUGUCUUAAUUGUUUUCAGCACAAGCAAUGCCAUAAAUAUGCACAGGUUUGUUACAUGGAAAAAAUUGUUAUGAUUUUGUUGUGUGGAUGUUUUCUUGUUCUUAUAAUAAUGUUUGAACAACCUUUUUAGAAAAAAAAAACAAUUAUAAAAUUUUAGAAAAUUAUCAUUAGAUUAUAUUGUUUAAAAAUUAAGUUUUUUGUGUGAAGAAAAUGUCACGUUUGUUGAGCCCACUUUCAGAAAGCCCUAUAUUAUAGCAGUCACAAUAGUCAAGUGCCAUGUUAAAAAAACACCAGUCUAUCUACCUCAGAGGUCACGGUAUAUAGAGGUUAAAUUUAGCAUUAAGAAAACAACACUGCUUUGCCAGACUAUUUGGUAAUUCAUUAAGAAUUUUUUUAAUAACUUUCCAUAAAUGACAACCAUGGGGAAGUUAUAUGUUGCAUGGAACACCUUUCUACCUACCUCAAAGGUCACACUUAAGAGGUAAAAAGUCAAAUGGCCAAUCAAACAGCUGGUAACCUCUUGUGCAUAGGUCAUAAUUAAGUCCACAGAUGAACAUGGUGCAGCUUGAUAAAUGACUCGUUCUUUGAAAACUGGGCUUAAUGCAUUUUAGUAAAGUGUGGUUCCAGUUAAGCCUGUGCAGUCCGCACAGGCUAAUCAGGGACGACACUUUCCACUGGUAUGGUAUUUUUAUGUCCCCCACUAUAGUAGUGAGGGACAUUGUUUUUGCCCUGUCUGUUGGUUGGUUUGCGCCAACUUUAACAUUUGCAAUAUUGAAGAUAGGAACUUGAUAUUUGGCAUGCAUAUGUAUCUCAUGGAGCUGCACAUUUUGAGUGGUGAAAGGUCAAGGUCAUCCUUCAAGGUCAAAUAUACAGGUCAAAAUCGCUCAUUUAAUGUACACUUGCAGUAUUUCAAUAUUCAAGAUAGCAACUUGAUAUUUGGCAUGCAUGGGUAUCUCAUGGAGCUGCACAUGUUGAUUGGUGAAAGGUCAAGGUCAUCCUUCAAGGUCAGAUGUCAAAUAUAUGUGGCCAAAAUCGCUCAUUUUAUGAGUACUUUUGCAAUAUUGAAGAUAGCAACUUGAUAUUUGGCAUGCAUGUGUAUCUCAUGGAGCUGCAUAUUUUGAGUGGUGAAAGGUCGUCAUCCUUCAAGGUCAGAGGUCAAAUAUAUGUGGCCCAAAUCGCUAAUUUUAUUAAUACUUUUGCAAUAUUGAAGAUAGCAACUUGAUAUUUGGCAUGCAUGUGUAUCUCAUGGAGCUGCACAUUUUUAGUGGUGAAAGGUCAAGGUCAUCCUUCAAGGUCAAAUAUAUGGGUCAAAAUUGCUCAUGUAAUGUCACUUCUGCAAUAUUAAAGCUAGCAAUUUUAUAUUUGAAAUUCAUGUGUAUCUCAUGGAGCUGCACAUUUUGAGUGGUGAAGGGUCAAGGUCAUCCUACAAGGUCAAACAUCAUAUAGGGGGACAUUGUGUUUCACAAACACAUCUUGUUAUAUUCAAGGAAGUCCCUCCUUACCUAAAAUCAAGUUUAGGGAGAAAGUGUCAUCCAUGAUUAGCCUGUGCAGACUGCACAUGCAUUAAGCCCAGUUUUCUCAGAACAAGGCUCAAAUAAUUACAACUAUUAUUCACACUUUGCUCAACAUGUUGCGUCAGGGCAUCUAGCUUGUGUGUUUAUGUGUAUCGGAACGAGACUGAAAGUAAGAUUUAUUAUAAUUGGAUGUUGAAGUGGGAAAAUGAUGCAAUAAUACGAUUAUGGUAUCAAAAUAAAAAUGUAUCCACUAUGAUUUAUAAACUAUACAAUUUU